UUUCGCAUUCCUUUUCACUCAUAACUUUGUUCAGAUUAGUGUUGAAGAAGUGUUUUCUCAAAGAUGUAUAAAUAUAAGUUUUCUAUUCUAUUAUGAAAAACUAUGUAAAAAACAUAAGCAAUUAGAGCUAGGAAAAUUUUUAAUUAUUAAUAUGGAAUUGUAAACCAGAAUGAGGAAGGACCUGAGUAUGGACUCAAAUGAGUUAAAAAGGUUCAUUUGAUUUUUUUUGUUCCUUUUUUAAAUUAGUGAAAUACAUUUCUUAUUACUAGAGCUUAGGCAUUACAAAUGUGACUAAAAUGGUGAGACAAAAAAACAAAACCAGAGAGCCAAAACCUUGCUAACCCAACCUGGUCUCCAGGGCAUAAAGUGGAGAUUUGGAAAGGUCCUCAGAGCUCUCAGGCAUUUGUAGCAUUAAAGAAAGCCUCAUUUUGUCAGCAUCUUGUUUACUGGGGCAUGGUAGCACAUCUGGCCGAAGACAAUCAACAGCAGGCCUAUUAUCUGUCCUGUGGUACACUGCUAGCAUGUACAACAGAGUGAUGUUUACUGCACUGUGAAUGAACUAAUGUCAUCAGAGUAACAUACUUUCAGUUUUAGUCAUUUUAACAUUGAAUCUGCUAUGGUAGAAACUGAUAGACAUUUCUUAAUAACCCAAUUUAAAGUGCUUUUUUUUUGUGAACAACUCAAAGUAUUCUAUCAUUCAACUUCAAGAUUGACGCUGAAUACUAUUACACAAAGUCAGUGCACUGUAUCUUUACGCGUCUAUCAAUAGUCAAAAUCCCAAUAGUGAUCUGGAUCCCAGAACACAGGUGUUCUUUUGUUUUUUCCCUCUCCACUCAGUAUAAAUUAUUAAUUCAAAAGUUAGUUUAAAGUGAGCAUCAUUUACUACAUGCUGUUUUCAUCUGUGCAACUCAACACUAUGUUAGUCUCCAUUUCUGUGUCUCGCUAGCAUUCAGAAAUUGUCUAACAGCAUAUACCAUCCCAUAGGAAACCUCUCUGCUCAAGUAUGCCUGGCAGAGUGGCAUCUGUGUCACUUGGAGUGAUUUAGAGACAGAAUCUCAAGCCCUACCCUUAGACCUGAAAAAGGACUCCCUUUGCACAUUCAAAUUUGAAGAUAACGUCUAUAACACACAGGGCUCUUUACAAGACAACUUCAUUCAUUAAGUGUUAGAAUGAUCUAGUGUUUGCUCUAAGUCUCCUCACAUUUAUGCUCCAAGUUCUAAGAUACUGCCUCAAGAGCUGCUUUGGAGAACUGCCAUAGUAUUAUAAACACCUCAGCCGGGCCUGGUCACACACACACAAACGCGAAUGCCUUUGAUCCCAGGACUGAGGAGGCAAAAGCAGGUUAAUCUUUUAAAGCAAAGAAACAACUUACUUUACUAAAGGUGCUAAAUGUCUCUUGCUAGGUUAGCUGUAACUGAGGUAGACACGACAGCCCCAGUGAGAUCUCUAAACAGAUAGCCAAUAACAGGAACUAAGAACAGACUUGGUCCUUUUAUGCACUGGCUUCCAGAAGCUGAGCCCAAAGCCGAAUUUCAAUUUUUGGGAGGGGUGGUGAGUGGUAGGCAUGCACUACCCCACAGCUACAUCCUGGCUGUUAAAUUUCAGCUUUCUAGUAUUAAGAUGAGCUGCUCACAGCCGGCCACUGUGUUCUAAGACCCCAACAGUAUGAUGACCAAUUUUAAAAGAAUUUUUCCGUAUAAUUUCUUUUGUAGAUUUGUGUCAAAGUGAGGGUCGGGGAGAGUGCCAGUUAUAAAAUGACAACAAAGGUGGCUGCCUUUUGUAGAACUUUGAGAACAGAAGAAAUCUUUGUUCCUGGUUUCUAGGUUGAGAGAACAAUCCUACUUCUGCUAUUUGGAAAGUCACUGUCAACUAAGGCGGCAGAGGUGGAAUAAGCACACGAAGCUGCCUUCACAAAAGCUAGAACUAGAUUCUGAGGCUGUUUUAAUGGCACAACUGCAAAGGCCAAACAACACUUCAAAUUCCUAUUUGAUUGAUGUAUACUUGCUUCCAGUCUCUACCAAACAUCCACCCUUCCUCUCCCACAAAAAAGCUACUUGCGACUUCUUUUUAUGCUUGAAACAAAACUUUCUAGGCCAAGUCGCCUUUACUACAAGAUGAGGACGUGCUACUCCGAGGGUGGACACUUCAGUAAGAAGGCCUUAAAUGAGGAAUCGCAAGUACAAAGCAGAAGCAGCUGACUCCAAACUGAGGUUUAUGACACAUCCUUAAUAGGAAGAAUACCAGUAUACCCAUGGCCAUGGAGCAGACAGGACAGUACCUGCAUCUUGUUUUCCUAAUGACAACAGUGUGUUCCUUGUCUCCAGGAACAAAAGCAAACCAUACCCAUCUGUGGGCUAACAAUAUCACUGUUUGGGGCUCCAUUAAUCAAAACAGCACAAGUAGACAUCACAGUGAGAAGAACACAGACUCUGUAAGUGCUGCAGUGGAUCACAAAGUGAGUUCUACAGACAAGCCUGAAUUAUUGCCCACUGUGUCUUUAGCCCCUACAUCUACACUGAAGCCCUCUGUGCCUCAUGUCUUCACAAACAGUUCUCCAACUGCAGAGAUCACUCAAAGCACAAGCAAAACUCAAGGGGAAAUUUUUAAAAAGGAUAUCUGCGAGGAAAACAACAGCAACACAGCCAUGCUAAUUUGCUUAAUUGUAAUUGCUGUGCUUUUUCUUAUCUGUACUCUUCUGUUUCUAUCAACUGUGGUUCUGGCAAACAAAGUCUCAUCUCUCAGAAGGUCAAAACAAGCAGGCAAGCGCCAGCCUCGGAGCAAUGGUGACUUUCUGGCAAGCAGUGGGCUCUGGACUGCUGAAUCUGACACUUGGAAAAGAGCAAAAGAGCUCACAGGCCCAAAGCUCCUGAUGCAAUCUACUGGUGUGCUCACAGCUACCAGGGAAAGGAAGCAGGAAGAAGGAACUGAAAAACUCAACUAGGUCACGAAUUUGGAAAGGGAAAUGCAAAGCAACAAUGAGGAAGGCUGGCUGGUGGUAUUUUAUAGCAAUGUUUGUUCAGAUGUCUGAUCAAAAAUCUGACAUGCAGUUUAGCAUCAAAGAAACCAGAAAGGGAAAUGUAUGCUUGCUGAAGUUACUUAAAACUGCAUUUCUGUUUCACACUUCAAAUUUUUAAAAAAGAAAUAAAACAGCAGGUGUUUUAUAACAAUAUAUAACAACAAAUAACAACAGGUAACUAAAUAAAUAUUCCUGUUCAGCAAUAGGUGACCUCUGUCUGAAUGUACUUGAACUUGGAAGAGUUCUAUUAAGUCCUUAGAGCCAAGCAGAUGUCAUAAAGCCAUAAUUCAACUGAGUAAUGCAAUGUACACUCUCACUGGAUGAGGUAGAACCCAUACCAGUUUGAAUCUUAGCACAGCUAACCUUAGGCUACUUCUUUUUACCUUUACAUGUGGCACAAGACAAACAUACCUUUCUACUAUACAAAAUAAAUUAAAACUUAAUUUUGUACAAUAAGUGAAAAAAUUACAACAAAGCUGAUGAUGUAUCUUGCAUUUACACUGUCCUAGAAUAGAUUGUAAAAAUAGAUGAGAUUCACACCUACAACAGAAGGUUACACAUAAAUAUAAAAAUGUUUUCAUGUUUAAGAGUAUCAUUUGAAGAGGCUGAAGAGAUGCUUCAGAAGCAAGAACACUGGCUACUCAGGUUCUAUUCCCAGCACUCACAAAAGGUUCACAGAUGGCUGUAACUCCUGGCUUCCUUGGGUACCAGGCAUAUACAUGGUACACAGAUAUAAAUGCAUAUAGAUAAAACAUCCAUAUACAUAAGAUAAUUACAAAAAAGAGUAACAUUUACCUUUUGUAUACAUACUGCUUACUAGAAGAUUAACAACAAGCACUGGCCAAGUGUGGUAGCAUAUACCUGUCAUCCCAACAUUUGGGAAGCUCAAGUCAGGGGAUUCUGAGUUUGAGGCUAGCCUGGCCUGCACAGUGAGACCACCUCAAGCUUUAGCAAUAACAAAACAUAAUACAUGUCUUAAAGUUGGUUAAUAUUUAGGCUGUAAGGAUGCUAAGUCACUUAAAAUGAUCACUUUUCACUUUUAUUCUCAAGAGCAGUAUGAAUAAAGGGAUGUGAGGGGUGUGUGUGUGUGUGUGUGUGUGUGAAAAUCUGCAGUUGAUCAGAUUUUGUAAAAAGGCAAUUAUUUUUUUUUUUAGGUAAUUGCUUAAACUUUGAAAAACACUGGCUUCAAGUAAAAUAGCAACUGACAUUCAAGUCAAGCCCUUCAUCUCAAUAAAGCAUAUCACAAAAAUUGACUUGAGAAACUUUCUAAGGGUAUACUCAAACUGAAAAGGGAUAUAUCUAUUUAAUAACUAGGCUUCACUUAAAAUAAGUCCCAUUCUUUAACUAGCUUUACUCUAUGCAGUAUUCUAGCAACCAAACAAAAGAUUUUUAUCAUGACCAUAUUCUCACCCCUUUUUAAUUGUGUGCAUGUGCAGUAGCUCACAGAAUCCAGGUUACUUAACCCCCCUCUGAAGCUGGAGUUACAGGUGAUUAUGAACCACCUGAUGUGAGUAUUGGGAACUGGACCCAGGCCUACUCAAGAGCAGUAUGCUCCUCUUUUAUAGAUUUAUUUAUUCCUUAUUUUAUGGGAGUGUCUUGCCUACAUGUAUGCUUGUAACCACAUGCAUGCAGUACCCUUGAAGGCCAGAAAAGGGUGUUGGGUCCCCUGGAACUGGAGUUAUAAACAAGUGGGUGUGGGGAAUAGAACUGGGAUCCUCUGGAAGAGCAGCAAGUGCCUUUACCUGCUGAGUCAUCCCUCCAGCCCCUUAACAUUGCCCCCCUUGAUUAAUAAUUCAACCUGGAUACAUAUCAGAAUCAAAUUUUUAAAAAUUUAAUACCAAUACCUAAUUCAUAACCCCUACUUUUGAUUACAGUUACAAUGAUCUGAGUUCAACGUCAAAUACUGGGUAUUUUUUCCUAACUACUUAGAUGGUAUUAUCCUUGACUGUCACAUUCACUUUCGUCAAGAUCUAUGGCUUUAAAACAUCUAAGUUACAUCUUUAAAUGAACCAUGUGUUGAGGGGCAUAUAAUAUAAAGUUUAUUUUCUUUCUUUUUUAAUGUGUAUUGGUGUUUUGCCCACAUCUGUAUCUAUGCAGUACAUGGGUGCCUGGUACCCACAGAGGCAAGAAGAGGGCAUCAGAUCCUCUCUGGGACUGGAGUUGUGAGCUGCCAUGUGGGUGUUAAAACUAAACUUGGUCCUCUGGAAGAGCAGCCAGUGCUCUUAACUGCUGAUAACAACUUUUGCAGCAAUUUACUACUAGCCUAAGAACAACAACAACAAAAGGCUCAUCCCCUACACAGUCAUAAUGACAUUACACCAGAUAAAGCAAAAUGUCAACAAAAUGAAAAAGUACAGCACAAGAAACACGAAGAUCAGGGUACACAACUGUCUUCUUAUCUCUUAU